UUCGUUUGGGCAGCGAGGCGACGGGUCUUGAGGUGGAAAAAGCGCCAACUUCUUCCUGUACUGCAUGCUAUUAUACUGUGGGAAUUGCGUCUAUAAGGGAUUUGUCAUCAUUUUGUGUUCGAAAUGAACUAGCAAGGAUUACGCUCAGUGUUAUACUAUUAACUACGCUGUAUCCACCCCGACGGCAGUGAUUUCUCAUGCUAACUGAGGCGCGCUGUUGCCUCUCGGAUCGUCUGUCUGUACGGUGUCAAGUGGAGAUGCCAGGGCUGCAGGGGGACAACGUGGUGGCCUCCCUGGGGAGCCCCGUCAAGAAGAGCAAACUUUCCCUCAAAUUCUUCCAGAAGAAAGAAGCUAAACGGACAUUGGACUUCUCCGAACCUCCCGCAGAUGAGUCCAAAACUGAACCCGAACCCGAGGAUUCAAUUGCAAGUGGUGAUCAGGUAGUCCCUGGACCUUCUCCAUGCACCGGUUCCACAGGUCCUCUGCUACCUUAUGAGAAAGUUGAGGCCCUGCUGCCAUUUGUCGGGCUUAAUAACUUGGGCAACACCUGCUACCUGAACAGUGUUUUACAGGUGCUGUACUACUGCCCUGGGCUCAGAGAUGGCAUCAAGAAUCUAUACAGCCGAUCCAAAAGCAGAGACAAACUUAAGGAAGAAAUUGUCAAAAGUGAAGAUGAGGAGGACAGCGUGCCGGCUCACAUGGAGCUCCUCGGGAGUUUCAACAGCCUCAUCACAUCCGUGGAGCAGCUGCAGUCCGGCUUCUUGCUCAACCCGGAUGGCUACAGCGAGGGGGAGCUGGCCACGCCGCCACGCAAACUACUGCACACUCUCAGGCAACUGAACCCUAUGUAUGAGGGCUACCUCCAGCACGAUGCCCAGGAGGUGCUUCAGUGCCUACUAGCUUACAUCCAGGAGGCCUGCGACACCAUAAGGAAGGAGCAACAUGGGGAGAGUACGAAGGAGGUCAUACAAGAAAGCCCUGCCACUCUGGUGCCAGCCAACUCUGAAGAAGAGGAGGAAGAUGGCCAGGUCAACGGAAAGAGGAAGAGCGACACAGAGGCGGGAAAUGCCAAGAAGAAGCCAAAGUCGGUCAAAUCCAACAAGCUGGAUGCUGAUGAACACUCGGAGAAGAAACCCUUCACCCGUUCCAAAAGGAGGUCCUCCAGAGAGAUAGUUGCUGACGCUGGCCCUGGGGAAAGGGAGGUGAAGGAUGAGGGGAAGGAGGAAAACGAGGAGGUUGCGUGUAGCGGGGAAGAGGGCAAGGGGACGGGUGAUGGUGCCCCUAAAGCUUCUGAGGGGAAGAGGAAGAAGAGAACCAGGCUGAGCUGGCUGAGGCCUUCCUCCAAGCAGCCAAGCAUCUUCUCUAAGUUCCGCAGCAUGGGCAAGAUCAGCUCCAUCAUGGCCCCCAAGAACCAGGUGGAGCAGGUGACCGAGCCGGAACAGCCCCAGGCAGAUAACGGACCCAAACAGGAACCAACUCUGAUGGGUAAGACUGCCCCGGAACCCACCAAUGGCAUCACGCAGGACCAGAAGGCUGUGGAGAACCAAGACGGCCUGGACGUCCUGGAAAGGCUGUUCCAGGGCAAGCUGGUGCUGCGGACGCGUUGCCUGGAGUGUGAGAGCUACACGGAGCGCAGGGAAGACUUCCAGGACAUCAGCGUUCCCGUCCAGGAGGACCAGCCCAGCAGCCCAGAAGACCUCUCUGAGGUGUCCCCAGACCCUAAACCCGAACAGAAGACUCUGAAGUGGGCCAUCUCCCAGUUUGCGUCAGUGGAGCGUAUCGUCGGCGAGGACAAAUACUUCUGUGAGACGUGUCACCAUUACACAGAGGCUGAGAGAAGCCUCCUCUUCGACAAGACCCCAGAGGUCGUCACCAUCCACCUCAAGUGCUUCUCUGCCAACGGUCUAGACAUGGACCCCUACGCGGGCCUGUCCAAGGUGAACACCCCACUGCAGACCCCGCUCAACCUGUCCUUGGAGGAGUGGUGCACGAGCGCCGCGCCCCUGGACGGCUGCAACUACCAGCUCUUCGCCGUGGUGAUGCACAGUGGCGUCACUAUCAGCAGCGGCCACUACACCGCCUAUGUCCGCAUGUCCGAGCUGCAGGAUGUGCGGCUCCAGCCACAGAGCAAGGAAGAGGAGGAGCAGCGGCAGGAGAGGGAGGAGGUGAAGGAAAAGGUAGAAGAGCAGGAGCGGCGAGGAGGAGACGGCAUCAAGCAGGAAGAGGAAGAGGAAGGGCACUACGAUGAUGGAGAGGUGUCCUUCGGCGGGGCGAGGGGACUUCACCGGGGCAAGGCAGGGGGGAAGAAAACAGAGGGUGUGGUUGGACUCCUGGGAGGACAGAGGAGCACCGGCAACGGCUACGAGCUGGCCGGCAGCAAACAGGCCGACAAGACAUCCACCAGCGGAGUGGCCGAGGCUCCGAGGCGGAGGCCCACUACCAGCGGACCGGUGAAAAAGGAAGCAGAGGAGGGGAAGAGAGUCAAGGAGGAGCGGGAGGCACUGAGCAGCCUCCUGCACUACGAGGGCAAGUGGCUCCUCUUCGAUGACUCGGAGGUGCGUCUGUUUGAAGAGGAGGACUUCUUGCGAGCCUGCUCCCCGGACACCUGCUCCACGUCCACGCCUUACCUGCUUUUCUACAGGAGGACGCCACUGCAAGGCACAGGCUUAGUGCAGGGGUGACGGGUCCAACGGAUAGAUGGACCCUCUUUUUAUUCGCUGCCAUCAGUCAGGGUUGUGGAUGCCCACAACCCUGUGAUUUUAUUUUUACAUUGAUUUAUCUCGAUAAGCUGAACGAAGUCUGUUCAAACUUUUUUCCAAAUGGGGCAGAAUACAUAUGGGUCACAUGAAACUAUGGACCUCUAGAAUGGCUCAACUUGCAGGGUUUGGUACUAGCAAACUCCUAAGCUAAUAGACUUGUGAUAUUGGCACCCACAUGAAUUUUGGGUCUAUGAAAACCAGCGGUACUUCCCACUGGUCAAUGAUGACUAGAGCCUUUUCAUAGCAACAGGUUUGGGAGGAAGCUUGCAUAACUAAAAGCCUAAUUUAUGCCCCCCAGCUCAUUUUAUUUGAUGAGUUUAAAGCUUUUCCUUUUGUCCUAGCUGUCAUAUUUUGUUUCAUUGUCCCCUUAUUCCUGAUCUGUUAGAAUGAUUCGGAUCUAUCCAUAUAUUAAGUUGUUUUAACUAUGUUAAGCACUUUGGCACUUAAAAUUCCAGUAGGUUAAAUUGCUGUAUAUUUUCAUCUUUUCUUUGGUCAUAGGCAACACUGCAUCCCAUUAAGUUUUUCUAUUGCCAGGAUAAGGAUGCUACACCUCAAGGGAAGUCUAUUGAGAAUAUAGAUCUGCAUGGACAUCUUUUCAUGAAUCCCUCAUUCAGGUCCAACAGGCUACUGAAUGUCUUUAUAUAAACACAUUUAUUGCCAUACAUCUAACAUGCUGAAUUCCUUAGUCUAUGCAGGAGAGGCGCAUGCUGUCAGCUCACAAGAGUGCCACAAAGGGAAAAGUAAACAUUUUGAUGGGAUUGCAUUUAUACUUCAGGAGGCAAUAUAUAUCUCAGUUAAUGAUUUAAAUCCCAUUGAAUCACUUCCUUGAGCGACAUGUCAAGGUCUUGUAAUAUGGAAAAAGCACCAGCGGAACUCCAGUAGGGGCACAUAACCUAUAAAAGGAUGGCUGAUGGACAUUUCUGCCAUUAUCUCAUGUGGAAGUGUAUUGAUGCAUUAAACUUGUCACCCACCAUUAA